UUUUGACUGCAUUUUCCAGCUGCAAACAUGGCUCAGAUCAACAUCUGCCUCAAACACAUCUUCACUGUCUUCAACAUAUUCUUCAUGGUUGUUGGUGGAGUUGUCAUCCUCCUCGCUUUUGUGGUGCCAGUUCUUCAUGAACAUUCAAGGAGGAUACAACCUGGAGGGUCACGCUACCAAACUCUUCAUUGUCUACAUCAUUGGUUUCAUCACCAUGAUGAUUGCUGUACUGGGAGCCUAUGGAGCCCACAAGGAGAGCAAAGUGGCCCUGAUCAUGUUCCUGGUGUUCAUGUUCACAGGAUGUCUGUUGAUGCUGAUGACUGGAAUCCCUGCUGCCAGCUCUUAUCCUCAGGUCAAAGGCAGAAUGGAGGAGAGAUUCCGCAAGUUUGUUCCUCUGGACAAAUCUCGAAAGGAUGUGAGGAACAUGGCUGUGGACAUUCAGAAACAGUUUCGCUGCUGUGGUCUGUUCAGCUACAAAGACUGGGAGAACAUCCCCGAGUCCUGUGUGUGCAGCCAGGAGGAGGAGAAGGAGGGCAAGUGUCAGACUCUGAGAAAAAACCUUUACCAGAUUUUAACACGGCAGAGAAAGUCCGUCUACACUAAGACCUGCUUUCCCACCAUCAUGGACCACAUCCAGUUUACUAACAAAAUCAACAUUGUGGUCAGCUUCACUCUGGCUAUUCUAGCUCUCCUUGGUGUGAUUCUUUCCUCCAUCAUGGUGUACCACCUGUAUCGCUUCAACAGCCACACCAUGAUGAUCCUCACGAGACCACCAAAAUACAACGAGAUGUGCAAACCUCCACCAUACUAGUCAAAGUAUGACAGAGUUUAUUUCUUUUGCUAGCUUGGUGCACAGAUUUCUGGAGCCCUGUCGAGUCUGUUUUCUUGAAUUUGAAAAUGACAUAUUUGGUUGAGGUUUAUAUCAUUGUGCCUUAUGUCUUCAUGAUGAAGUUGUCUAAAUUGAGAUCAUCAGUUUCAAGCGACUUGAAAAACGAUACUUAAUAAGCUUAAAUUGAAAUGAAAACGUCUAAAAUUUGACUGGACUCUUUUAACUCAACCUUUAUCAGAAAUCCUUAUUUUCAUCACAUUAACAAUGAGAAAAUGUCUAAAAAGGAAAAAUAACUGAAUCUAGUGAUUUCCAAAGCUGAACAGAGGUGAUGGCUUACAACACCAGCUAUUAGCCACCUACUAUGCAGUCUUGAGACCAUUCCCAGCCAAAUCAUUGCUCACUGACACCUUUGACUCAUGUGACCUGUUAUGUUUCUAGAAUGCAAUGUUACUGUUACUAAUUCUGUUUGCGAUGGUAACAUUUGAUGAAAUUAAAAGCCACAUUCCUUUUCUAUCUCAUGUGAAGUUUCUUAGUAAUACAAAGACAGUUAAGUUAUAUUUUGAAAACUGAGAACUGUGUUGAUGCAGCUACUUGUAAAAAUGUUUAUAAAGGGAAAUAUUUUUGUAUAUUGUUUUGGUAUUUUUAGUGUCUUCUUUGUGUCAUGUUUGAUUCUUCUGAUGUAAACUGUAAAUCUAAAGGUUUUACAGGAUUAAAUGGUGACAAAAGAAA